AAGAUCCGGUGUACCAUCGUCGACCAAACAACAAAUUAAUCGGAGGAGAGUCAUUAUUUGGUAAAAUCACUACUUAAACAAAACAAAAUACUAUUCCGUACCACAUUCCACUCUCUCUCUCUCUCUCCUCCGAUUCCCAGCUAAGAAAAGCACACCCCCCCCCAGCUAAGCAAAAGCACUCCACCAUCUCUCUCUCCCAUCCCCCACAGAUCUCCAAACCCAUCCGAAGCCUUCGUAUACAGAAAGCCCACAAACACAAACUUCCAAAUAUCCCUGUUUUACGAAGAAGAUCCACCGGUUGGUUACCUCGAUUUCCGAGUCAACUCACAAGCUGACGACAGUUGAACCGAAAUGUCCUGCGGAAAAAACUAGGGUUUUUGUUUGUUCACUCAGUUGUAAUCAUGGCGACGGAGGUUUCUCACAGCUGGAGCCUCUCCUACAAGGGCAUGACCUCGGACAACAUCAAGGGCCUGGUGUUGGCGCUGUCGUCCAGCUUGUUCAUCGGGGCUAGCUUCAUUGUCAAGAAAAAGGGACUUAAGAAAGCCGGCGCAUCUGGAAUUAGGGCAGGUGUUGGAGGUUUCUCAUACCUAUACGAGCCACUGUGGUGGGUGGGCAUGACAACAAUGAUUGUUGGAGAAAUUGCUAAUUUUGCGGCUUAUGCAUUUGCCCCAGCUAUUCUGGUUACUCCUCUUGGUGCGCUCAGCAUUAUUAUCAGUGCUGUACUUGCAGAUGUCAUUUUAAAGGAGAAGUUACAUAUUUUCGGGAUUCUUGGUUGUGUUCUGUGUGUUGUUGGUUCCAUCACAAUUGUUCUACAUGCUCCUCCAGAAGGCGAGAUUGAGUCCGUGAAAGAAGUGUGGGAUCUUGCUACGGAGCCAGGUUUCCUCUUGUAUGCAGCUCUCGUGCUAACAGCUGUCUUCAUAAUUAUAUUCCGCUAUAUCCCACAAUAUGGCCAGACACAUAUAAUGGUCUAUAUUGGAGUUUGUUCGUUAGUUGGUUCAUUGUCGGUCAUGAGUGUCAAAGCACUUGGAAUUGCCUUGAAACUCACAUUAUCAGGGAUGAACCAACUCAUAUAUCCCCAGACGUGGGCAUUUGCUGCUGUAGUCAUUACUUGUGUAAUUACCCAAAUGAAUUAUUUAAAUAAGGCCCUUGACACAUUCAACACAGCUGUGGUAUCUCCCAUUUACUAUGUUAUGUUUACGUCUCUAACCAUUUUGGCAAGUGUGAUCAUGUUUAAGGACUGGGAUAGGCAGAAUGCAACACAGAUUGUGACAGAAAUGUGUGGUUUCGUGACAAUAUUGUCCGGGACCUUUCUUCUUCACAAAACAAAGGACAUGGUUGAUGGCAUGUGCACGUCACCAUCCAUGAGAAACUCUAAGCACAUGGAUGAGGAGAAUGGUUUUGGACAGGAAGGCAUUCCUCUUAAGCGGCAGGAUUCAUUGUGACUGAUGUAGCACCUCUGAUUCAUCGGAUGAAGGGACCUCAACGUGGCCGACUUGUAUUUUAUAUGCAUUGGAUCCACCCCUCUUGUUCGUGGAUCCGCCCCUCUUGUUCGUUUACAGGGUACAGUUGGAGAAGAAAAGGGGAAGUUUUAAUUCGUUCGUUUUCCCCUUGGUGAAUCAUAUGUGGGGUGGCUUUCGAAAGCAGAGUCCCUUCUGCUCAAAUGAAAGGGACAAGCGGAAAUGUAAUACGGAGCGUACCUGGUUAUAUAAAAUGGAUUCUUUCUUCAUUCUUUUGUGCCAUACUGUUGCCCCCGUUUUUACAGGAAUUGGCACUUUAAUCAACACAACACAACAAACUGUAUCAUUAUGAAUUUUCCCGAUCUAUAGAUUGUUUUGUUUGUUUUUGAACUUUGAA